UUCUCAUCCCAUUGCAGAAAACUUACGAAAAGCUGAGUUUUGUGACUUUGUUUCAAAUUUACCCUUAGAGCUCACUUUUGUGGCUUCGAUGUCUGGCCCACAGCAAGAGGACGUUGGUGGAGGAGCCCUGGUGAACCCUAAGGACUGUCCUAGUUCCAGCUUGAAUAAGUUGUCAUACUCUAUAGAGAAGCAUGCUAACCAAGCUGUUUCUGUGUGCAUGCAGGAUUUGGCAUCAGUGGAAACUAUUGUUUUAACUGCUGAUCCAGAGGAGGGCAGUGGUUCCUAUGAACUGCUUGCUCCUGAGGAAGACUUUCAUGAAGACCUUAGUGUCUCAUCUUCUUUCUCUGUAGUAUAUACAAGCUCUCUUCCUGCAAAGAAGAGCCUUCCUGGGGACAGAGAAACACUGUUUUUUGUUACAGAGCCUCUGGAAUCAACUCAAACAUGGGUCAGGACUUCCACUACCUUGAACCAAUCAGGAAGAAUUCUUCAGUACCAAGAUCCACCAGAAGAAAGUGCCAUUAUGCAAGAAAAUGAAACUGGAACAAAUAUGUUUCACAAAGCACAACAGAUACCUUUAUUUGAUCAGUCUGACUGGAAUCCUGGAUCUAGAAUCUCAAGCAUCCUGAGCACCCUAACUUGGCCCCCUGAAGGAGAUACGGUCCUUGCUGUAAACCAGGGAGGACGACCUCUGUCUCCUAAGCCUAACACAAGCCUAACUCUGGUGUCUGAGCCUGAUGCCAAACACCUUCCUUCCCAUGUCCCAAGCCCUGUUCAAGCUCAGGCCCCUGCACCUAAUGCCAAUCACUGUGUCCAGGCUCUAGCUCAUGAGAGUCAUGAGACACUGACUCCUGUACCCAACUCCAAGCCACAUCUGAACUGUAAUAUGGACGAUCAUGACUUACUAGCCCUUACUAUAAGCCAUCCUUUAUGGACUGCUGCUAUUGUAUCUGAUGCUAACACUGCCAACUUUUCUCCUGAUAAAAGUCUUACAGACAAAGUUGUCUUUGUUCCAGCAACUAAAGAGCACAAUUUCUGUGACUUGGGUACCCGAGAUACAGAGACUUCUAAUGACUCAGGGGUCAGUUUGUUGGCCAAAGGCUUUUCUGCUGUUGGAAAUGAGGCAUUGACCAGCUGUUCUGACACCAGCACUGAAACAGUGAUUCAGUAUGAGGGUAUACAGUGUGAAAAAUCCUCACCUGACCACCUUUCUUGGUCAUCAUUGGAAGAUUUGGGAACAUUCACAGACUCAGAGAGCAGAGACUCUGUACAGUCCCUUCCAAUGCUAGCAUUCACCAAUCCAAUUCACUUUCUCCAGCUAAGCCCUCCACCACCACCAACUGCUCAAACAAUUUGCCAAGAAGAUGAGGUAUCAGGAGAGCUGCAGUGGGUGCAGCGGACAGAUCUCUUUGAUGUGGACACAAAGAACAUCCACGCUUCAACAAUUACAGAGAAAGCAAAAAGUGAGGGAAGAGUAAAACAAAGGCUAGAAGGACAAGAAAAAUACCGUUUGGUAUCUCAAUCAAAAGAAGUACCAAAACAUUUACCUUUGGAAAAAUCAUCAAGCUGGCCAGACAAAAAAACAAUUGGGGUAGUUGCAAAAGAGCCAAAAGCCAGUCAAGAAAGUCUGAGUAAGUGCAGAGUGAAAAGCAAGGACUGGCACCGUCAGGGCCUAAAAAGGAUAUCUGUACCACCAGACAUCUUUCAGGAAGUCUGUCCUGUUCAUUCAGAGGAAGAAGUACACAAGGUGCACAGGGAACCACCAGUCAAUUCAGAAACAGUUAUAUUGCGAGAAAAGAAACCUGCAGAUACAAUGGGGACCUUCAAACGUCGGCACUCCAAACUCAUCAACUCCUCAAAGUUGCUGUAUCAGGAGUACAGUGAUGUGGUUCUGAACAAGGCCAUUCAAAGCCAGAAGAGAGUGGAUUCUUUUACAGAGGAUACAGAAUCGAGUUUGCCAAGCUCCCCGAGGCUACGAAGGAAAGUGUUGUCUCCCCAGGACUCAUAUUUGCAACGUCUGUCAGUGUCAUCAAAUGCAUCCCUCUGGCAGGAUAUCCCCAUGAUCCGGGGCAGCAGAAUAUUACUCAAUAUGUCCCGUGAUGAGCAGAAGCUGCAAGAGGCCAAAUUUGAGUUGAUAAUGUCUGAGGCUUCCUAUCUGCGCAGUUUAAAUGUGGCAGUGGAUCACUUCCAGCGAUCAACAGAACUCCAGGCAAUUCUCAGCAAUCAGGAGCGUCAGUGGCUUUUCUCACGCCUUCAGGAUGUACGUGAUGUCAGUGCCAGUUUCCUUUUUGACUUGGAAGAGAAGUUUGAAGAGGACAUAUUCACCUUCCAUGUAUGUGAUGUGGCUCUGAAACAUGCUCCUGAGUUCCGCAGGGUCUAUCUACCAUAUGUAACAAACCAGACAUACCAGGAGCAAACCUUCCAGCGGUUACUGAGUGGAAAUGCAGGAUUUCAACAAGUCCUGGAAAGAUUGGAAAGUGAUCCAGUAUGUCAGCGCCUCUCACUUAAAUCCUUCCUCAUCCUCCCUUUCCAGCGCAUCACUCGACUUAAACUCCUCCUGCAGAAUAUCCUGAAGAGAACUCGGCCUGGGUCUGAGGAAGAAGUGCAAGCAACACAGGCCUAUGAUGCACUUGAAAAGCUCAUCAAGGACUGCAAUGAAAAUGUUCAACGCAUGAAAAGCACUGAAGAGUUGAUUUACCUCAGCCAGAAGAUAGAAUUUGAGUGCAAGAUAUUCCCACUCGUUUCACAGUCAAGGCGACUUGUGAAGUGUGGUGAAUUAACAGCGCUGGACUUCAAUACUCCAAGUCCAAAAUGGAAAGUCACCACGCGUCCUAUCUACCUACAUCUCUUCAAUGACUGUCUGCUCCUAUCUCGGCCAAAGGAGGGUGGACGUUUUGUUGUGUUUGAUCAUGCUGCUUUCUCAGAUGUGCGUGGGGAAAAGUGUGAGAUGAAACUGCAUGGAACAAACAAAAAUGUUUUCCGUCUCUUUCUACUUCAGAAUUGCCAGGGAAAGAGAGUGGAGUUUCUAUUUCGCACAGAGACACACAGUGAGAAACUGAGGUGGAUCUCUGCUUUGGUUCCUCCACAAGGGGAAUUGGACCUCCUGGAAUGUCCUGAUGCACCACAGGUUCAAUGCAUAAGGAUGUACAAAGCUCGGGAAAAUGAUGAGCUAGCUUUGGAGAAAGCAGAUAUCAUCAUGGUUAUGCAAUACAGCAAUGAUGGAUGGAUGGAAGGAGUGAGACUUUCAGACAGGGAGAGGGGAUGGUUCCCCUCAGAACACGUGGAGCUCAUCUCCAGCAAACAUGCACGGCAGAAGAACCUGAAAGAAGAACAACGUGUGAAGAAUGCCAAGCAGCAAGUCUUCUGCAGGAAAUAAUUCUACCUUGCUUGAACCUGUGCAGUCUCUCUGCUACAGAGAAACCAUCUUUUUUCUAUUGUUUCUCGGAAUAAGCACCUCUGCAAAGAGUGUAUUACAGAUGAAUCUUUUGCCAAAGAAAGUGGGAAUUCAACCAGGAAAGUAUAUUCACUUCCUUCCUGUCACCAGAAUCACAGCAGCAGAAGGGAAAAAUGUUGCAUGUAUUGCUUGCUUUGUGUUAGUAGGGAGUGACUUUAAUCGUACAGAGCAAUGGAAUCUGGAUUCCUGGAAAUGUAUUCUGAUUUUACCACUGGCAAGUUACUUCAGAAUUGUGCCUUAGUUUUCCUAUCUGUGAAAUGGGUUUAUACUUACCUACCUCACUGGAUGUUGUGAGGCUAAAUUGAUUAUUAUUAGCCUACUGAGAGCUUUGAGUUUCUGAGAAAGAAGGCGCUAAGCACAAAGCACAACAUAAGAUGAGGAAAAUUUUCCAUUUUAAUAUCCUCUUCAUGUCUUGAGAGUAUUGAUCUCCUUUCUAUAAUUUCUACUUGGAACAAUGGAUCUAUUUGAUCAUACACAUCUACUGUUUUUUUCUUUUCUUUUUAAAAGGUACAGAUACAAUGAAGCGCUAAGUCUUAGCAUGCUAUAAAGAAUCCUCAGUAGCAUUAGAAUACACACUUGAGUUUUAGAAAGUUUUUGGAAGUCACUGUUAUGAUUUUCUGCACCUUAAGAAGUAUAAAGCUGAAUUGUAGGAGCUGGAAGGAACCUCCAGAGAUCGAGUACAACUCCCCUGCAAAGCAAGUCCCCUACUGCCAGCUACACAGAUAGGUAUCCAGGGAGGUCUUGAAUAUCUCCAGAGAAGGAGAUUUCACAACCUCCCUGGACAGCUUGUUCCAGUGCUCCAUCACCCUUACCAUGAAGAAGGUCCUUUGCAUGCUAGUACGGAACUUCCUAUGCUCAAGUUUAUGGCUGUCCUGUCCCUACUGACUGCUGAAGAGCCUGUUUCACAGCAGUCCCCCUCUUUCCUGAAUCAGAGUUCCACUAAGCCACCUGAAAUGGCCCUGUUUUCUACUCUACCUCCCACUCAAAGUAGAACAGUUACUUUUUAUAAAGAUCUGACAUGUAGGUACAUGCCCUGUACAAAGUAACCAUGUCUCUAGGCAUUUGGAAUGAAGUUGCAUUUUCCUGCUGUCCUAACUACUACAGCUGAUAUGAUACUGCAUGCACCAUUUUGCACACUUGUGGUAGACACUGAGAUAUUUUGCCACUGUAGAUAAAGUCAAAAUAUGUGCCAGGGACUCUGUUGUAUUUGUAGAACUCUCCAGUUGUAAGUCCAGUUUACAUGUAGUCCUGCUUUUGUGCAGAACCUGUCUGACCACAUGCCUUCAACUGUAAAAUAUUGUUGCUGCUGCAGUUAUGUUAAUACAACAUCACGUA